UGUCCAGGGUUAUAAAAGACAGGAGAUUGUCCUCACGGUAGUCGGGUUGAAAGUUGAUUGCAAAGAGAGGGGCUUUCUCAUUCCUUUGUUCUUUUUUAAGUGUUUUCGAAGAGAAAUCUAAUUUUAUCAUGUUAUUCGAUGAGGAAAUGAUAAGGAAAAUGCUCCCUAGGGCAUAUCUGCGAAAAUAUGUGGCCCAUCAAAUUUACGUCUCCAUGUCUUACUUCAAAAACCUCGUGCCUGUGAUGGAUGAGUACGUUUACAAAGACGGAGCCACAAAAAGCUUGAUGAACCUAACAGGAACCAUUCCGGUGGGGUUUUCAGGCAAGACCUACAACAUCCCCAUAUGUGUUUGGAUUGAGCCAAACUACCCCAAUUCCCCACCGAUGUGUUAUGUGAAGCCUACACGUGAAAUGAUUAUUGUCAAAGGAAAGUACAUAUCCAGUGAUGGUGAGGUCACAAUACCUUACUUGAAAGAUUGGAAGAAGGGUAAAUGUGAUUUACCUAGCCUACUGCAGGUGAUGGCUAUCAUGUUUGGAGAGGUUCCUCCAUUAGCAAUGCGUUCCUAUCCAGAACCUGAGCAAGCCUCAUGUUGGCUGCAGUUCCACAAAGAAGCAGAUGGGAGAUAUUGCAUAUCUAUACCCAGAGGAGAUGGCCAACCUUUCCAGCAUGAAAAUGAAACCAGUUGUUAGUCUUUUUGUAUAUAUUUGUACAAUUUGUGUAAAA